AAUCUCUUUCUUCUCUUUAAUCUAAAAAAUCGAUCAUAUUUCAACUGCUCUGUCUCUGCAUCUACCUCUCUUUCUAUCUAUUUAUUACAAUUUCUUGAAGCUUGACUUCAAGCUUUCUACGUAGAGAGAGAGAGGGAGAGAGAAGAUGUUGCCUCGCCGGAAAGCGUCGGUUUUGGCUUCCGAGACGUUCGGAACGAAGCAAGGCUCGCCGUUUAUCGGAGGAGGCGGCGGUGGCGGCGGCAGGAAGAACGGGAGGUACUCUGUUUUCGUGAUGCUCAUCUCCGUCUUCCUCUUCGUGACCUUCAUCUACAACGAGGACGUGAAGUCGAUCGCCGAGUUCCCUUUCAGCAGCAGCAGAGGCGCGGGAGACAAGCCCGCCGGCGUGGUCGACGAGCUCGGCCUCCUCGUCGUUGACCCGAUGAUUAGCGACAAGGAAGCAGACGCGGCAAAGGCUGCUGCGGCGGAGGCGUCGAUGGAGGAGGAGCAGGAGGAGGAGGAGGAACGGAGGGAGGAGGUGAUGCGGGUGGUGGUGGACGUGCCGGCGAGCUGCGAUCUGUUCACCGGGCGGUGGGUGCACGACGACGUCAACUACCCUCUCUACAAGGAGCCGGCGUGCGAGUUCUUGACCGAGCAAGUCACGUGCAUGAGGAAUGGUCGCCGGGAUGACGACUACCAGAAGUGGCGCUGGCAACCACAAGAUUGCACCUUGCCCAGAUUCGAUGCGAGGGUAAUGUUGGAGAGAUUGAGGGGGAAGCGGUUCAUGUUCGUGGGUGACUCGCUGAACCGGAAUCAAUGGGAGUCGAUGGUCUGCCUGGUCCAAGCCGCCGUUCCACCCGGCAAGAAGACCCUCACCAAGAACGGUUCACUCAACGUCUUUCGCCUCCACGAUUACAACGCGAGCGUGGAGUUCUAUUGGGCUCCGUUCCUGGUCGAGUCCAACUCGGACGACCCGAACCAGCACAGCAUCCUGAACCGGAUCAUAAUGCCCAAGUCGAUCGCCAAGCACGGAAAACAUUGGAAGAACGUCGACUUCCUCAUUUUUAACACUUAUAUUUGGUGGCUGAACACGCUCGACAUGAAAGUCCUGCGAGGAUCCUUCGAUGAAGGAUCGACGGAGUACGAUGAGGUCGAACGGCCGGUGGCGUACCGGAGAGUGCUGGAUACAUGGGCGAAUUGGGUGAAGAAGAAUGUGGAUCCAAAGCGGACCACGGUGUUCUUCAUGAGCAUGUCUCCGAACCACAUCAAGAGCGAGGAAUGGGAUAAUCCGGCGGGGAUCAAGUGCGCCAUGGAGACGCAGCCGGUGGGGAACCUGUCGCACCCGCUGGACGUGGGCACCGACUGGCGGCUGUUCGAGGUGGCGGAGGAGGUGCUGAGAAGGCUGAACAAGAAGGUGCCGGUGUCGAUGGUGAAAAUCACGGCGUUGUCGGAGCUGCGCAAGGACGGGCACACGUCGGUGCACACGCUCCGGCAGGGGAAGCUGCUGACGGCGGAGCAGCAGGCGGACCCGGCCACGUACGCAGACUGCAUCCACUGGUGCCUUCCCGGCGUCCCCGACGUGUGGAACGAGUUCCUCUACGCCCGCGUCGCCUCCGCCCCGUGGCCUCGCGCCCAGAAAGCAAUGAAUGAAUGAAUGAAUGAAGUGAUGAUUUAUCGUCCAUGCAAACAUUUAAAAAAUGUUUCGUUCUUUUGAAGGGAGAAAAGAACAACUUAUCCAGUUUCGCAGGUGGAUUUGAUGUGAUGCCAUUACCGUUGUACAUGGGCCUAAAGAUCGAUGAUCAAAGAUCAGAAAAAAUGUAUUUUUGAUU